AUGCAUGAGGUUACCCGCACUUAUUAUUUUUUUCUCUUUUUUUUUCUUAGCUAUAAAAGGCAGAUCAAUGCAGCAUUCAUUGCUUUAUUUGACUUUCCUUUACUAUUUAUUUACUUUCCAUUUCUUAUUUUAGUGUUAUUUUAUAACAGUAACGCAAAUUUAACAGCCAUUCGUAACACGUACAGUAUCUCGUCGAGGUUGAACCCCUCCGGGGCGUUCUUGACCCAUGAAGAAUGUGGAUUGGUGUUGCAAUAUAUUUAUUAUUGGCUUGGACUGGAGAACAAAUUUAUCGAUCUUGGGUGCAACAGUCUUUCUGUCGUCUGUUUUUUAGCAGAUCUAAGGGUUUACCUUCGUGUGCCCGGAUGA